UAGGCGCAAACUAUCUCCUAUGAAUGUACACAUGCAGUUUAGCUCCCAGCACCGAUCCGAGUCUCGUGCAGUGCGGGUGGCCCACCACGUGCCGCCUCGCCUUGUCCUUGGCCUGGCGGCCAAUCAUGCCCGCGGUGAGACAUGGCCCGCCUCGACUGCUGGACUGGGUGGUGUGGUGUGGUGUGGUUGUCUGGGAUUGGGAUUCGCGGCCGGGUUGCGUUGGCUAGGCUGGUUGUGGAUGUACAUACAUACAUACAUACAUGCGCCACCGACGAUGGGGGUCGGUCGACGGAGCGGGGCGACGGUGAACCCGGAGAGCUGGGUCACGCUAGUGCAGGAUUUACCGUGCAUAAAAGAACGGGGCUGGGCUGAUGGCGAGCGCCGUGGCGAUGGCUUCGGACAGGGACUGGGUCGCGAUCAGAGCAAGGGGCAGAGUUUUCGCUCGCAGGCAUGGGGCUCGGGCACGGUACCAGAAGGGAGCCAGCCGGCUGAUCGGUCUCCCCGGGUUGGGGUUCGCUGUCGAGUGGCUUGUGCGGACGGAGUCCCUAGCUGAAUAGGUAGGUCAAAGCGGCCGAGAGGACGCGAGACGGAGAGGACGCCGGGGCAAGCACUCGGUGCUGAAGCUCUACCGUUGAGUUGUCAGGUGCUGUUCAACAUGAGAAGAAAAAAAACGGAGAGAGGUAUGAGAUACGGAGAUAGUAGAGGGGAGAAGGCAAGCAGCAAUGAGUAACUAGAAGAGAACACUAAUCGGGCUCAAGUCCGUUCUCUUCUUUGUUCUGGUCAUAAACAAUAUUGGGCAGGGUUAUAGUAACAACCCGUGAUAAAUGGUAGUGUGACGUUGUUGAG